AGCCACGUCUGUGCACCACAUUCCCUCUCCUUCCAGCAAAAAGACUCUCGCUUCUGCACCCCAGCAAUGACGUCCUUCAGCAGCCAUAGUUUUAGGUCUUCUGGAGGGGCAUUCGGUGGAGGCUCCAUGCAGGGUGCCUCUCUAGGAAGGUCAUCCAUCAUGGGUGGCGGAGUCGGUGGCCAAAUAAGAUCCAUGCGUUCUGGCAGCGUGUAUGGGGGUGCAGGAGGCAGAGGGGUCAAAAUCUCCACUGCAUCGAGCCUCUUUUCAGCUGGUGGCGGCGGUGGUGGUGGAGCAGGCUUUGGCUUUGGUGGUGGAGCAGGGCUUGGCUUUGGUGGUGGCGCUGGAGGUGGAGCAGGAUUUGGCUUUGGUGGUGGUGCUGGAGGAGGCUUUGGGGGAGGCGAUACGGACCUCAACGUGACCAUCAAUGAGAAAGCAACCAUGCAGAACCUGAACGACCGUCUGGCAUCUUACCUGGACAAGGUGCGCUCUCUGGAGAAGGCCAAUGCAGAUCUCGAGCUGAAGAUCAGACAGUUUCUGGAGAACAAAACCUCACCUGCUGCGAGAGAUUACUCUGCCUAUCAGGCCACAAUCAGCGACCUUCAGGAUAAGAUCCAAGAUGCCACCCGUGUCAAUGGAGGAGUCUACCUAGCCAUUGAUAAUGCAAAAUUGGCCGCUGACGACUUCAAAAACAAGUAUGAGAACGAGCUGGCCUUGCGCCAAUCUGUAGAAGCAGAUAUUGCUGGGCUGAAGAGACUCCUUGAUGAGCUGACAUUGGCAAGAUCCGACCUGGAGAUGCAGAUUGAAGGCUUAAAGGAGGAACUUAUCUUCCUCAAGAAGAAUCACGAGGAGGAACUGGCAGCCAUGCGCGGUCAGAUGACUGGUUCAGUGAACGUAGAGGUGGACGCAGCUCCUCAGGAGGAUCUGAGCCGUGUGAUGGCUGAAAUCCGUGAGCAGUAUGAGGGAGUUGCUGCCAAAAACCAACGUGACUUAGAGGCCUGGUUCCAAACAAAGUCAGAGACACUGACUAAGGAGGUUGUGGCCAGUACAGAGACCCUACAAGUGUCCAAGACUGAAAUCACUGAGCUUAGACGCACCCUUCAAGGCCUGGAGAUCGAGUUACAAUCUGAACUCAGUAAAAAAGCGUCUCUUGAGGGAACUCUUAAGGACACAGAAGCACAGUACUCCAUGCAGCUGACUCAACUGCAGGUUCGUGUAACAAGUCUGGAGGAGCAGAUCGUUCAGCUCAGAGCUGACAUGGACAGACAAGGUCAGGAGUACAAAAUGCUGUUGGACAUCAAGACCCGGCUGGAGAUGGAGAUCGCGGAGUACAGGAGACUGCUGGAUGGAGAAGCAGGCAGCAUUUCCACUUCUGGAGGAGGAGGAGGAGGAGGAGGAGUAGGAGUAGGAGGCGGAGUGGUCUCUAACAAAAGCAUCAUGAUAAAGACCAUUGUGGAAGACAUAGUUGAUGGGGAAGUGGUGUCAACUACUACAAAAUAAACACCAAAUUUCAGAAUACACUGCCCAUCUACACCUGUCACAUCAGUCCUAAGACCUUGUAAUCCACGGUUUUCAGAAUAAAAUAAGUGAUGCCACAGAAA